UAUGUUUGUUCGAACAAGUUUUCGGGUGCUUUCCGCUAGUCGGAAAUGCGCAUAUCGUUGCCUAAGCACCACUUCCGCCAGAACUGAGGGAACUGCACCAAUCAACGUUUCCUCGAACAAUGGAGAACAACACCAAGCAGCUCCGGAGAUGGACGAAUUUACCAAAGAAUUCCACCGCAAUCGAAUCCAAAUUAGCGACCUCCAAAGAUUAAUCUUGAGCGCCGGAAGUUCUGUCGCCGCUUUAAUUGAUCCACGAAGACACGAUAUGAUUGCUUGUCUUGGCGAAACAACCGGCCGGGAGGCUCUGGAAAAGAUGCUUUAUUAUAUGCGAUCCACCGAAGAGGGGCAACAAAUUCUUAGCGAGAAACCUCGCAUCAACACACGCACGGUUAACAUGGACGAGCUGAAAGCGUUUCCAGAAAAUACCUUUGGUUAUACGUACGUUAAGUUUAUGGAAGACAAUAAUAUAACGCCCGACUCGCGGAUGGAUGUUCGAUUUUUGGACGAUCCAGAGCUUGCGUACGUGAUGACCCGAUACAGAGAGUCUCACGAUAUGGUACACGCUAUUCUCGACAUGCCCACCAACAUGUUGGGCGAGGUAACGGUCAAAUGGGUGGAAGCAUUAAAUACUGGCCUGCCGAUGUGCUAUGGGGGUGCCGUCUUUGGCGCUUUUCGACUGCGUCCCAAGCAAAGGCAAAACUAUCUUCGCCAAUAUCUACCCUGGGCAAUUCGGACGGGAAAUCGCAUCAAACCACUCAUGACCGUGUACUGGGAAAAGCGAUGGGAUCAGGAUGUUAGUGAGCUACGCAAAGAGUUGUAUAUUGAACUGUUGAGCAGUAAGUAAAGUAAG